AAGGACACACAAGCACACACACACACACACACACACAUACACACACACACACACAGAUUAUCUGUACAAUGUUGUGGUUUAUUUCAUCUGGCAAUAUUCUGUUUACAACACUACAAAAGCGAUUUGUAGAAUUUGAAAAUAACAAAUUUUGUUAACGUAUCAACAGAGAAUUAUUUUAAUAAAAUUAAAGCAGCAAUGAGGUACAUUACUACACAUCCAAAUGAAAUAUCGACGCAAAUUUGGAAUAAUUUCUCAUCAACCGAAAUAUGGAGUAACUUUUCCGCAGCAAAAAAUGAAACUCAGCCCAUAAGACGUAAUCAAGACCUGGCUAAUGCUGAAGUUAUUACGUUGGCUGUUGUUAUAAUAAUUACAGUUAUAGGUAAUAGUAUUGUUUUAAUAACAUUGUUCCAGCGUAGAAAGAAACUGACACGAAUGCACCUGUUUAUUUUACACCUGUCUGUAACUGACCUCUUCGUCGCCUUCUUUAAUAAUUUGCCGCAGAUGAUUUGGGACAUUACAUUUUUAUUUCUUGGAACUGAUUUACUGUGUCGUCUCGUUACUUACUUACAAAGCGUAGCUAUGUAUGCAUCGAGCUAUGUCCUUGUGGCAACAGCUAUUGACCGUUAUUUUGCUAUAUGUCACCCUUUAUCAAGUCACAAGUGGACAACUGCCAGAGUACACGUCAUGGUUUUCAUUGCCUGGAUGUUAUCAUUUCUCUUCAGUACUCCGCAACUCUUCAUAUGGAGCAUGCAAUUCUCAAAUAUUGGAUUGACUUGUCAGGCGACCUUUGACCCAGAAUGGACUCUGAAAUUUUAUAUCACUUGGUUAACAGUCGCGAUUUGGAUUUUACCAACAAUAGCACUGACUCUGUUUUAUGGAAUGAUGUGCUUUGCUGUAUGGAAAAGAGGACGUUCUACUUUGGGCAGUUCCCGAACACGAAAUAGAUCUUUUCUCACGAAUCGUGUGUCUACACGUAUUGGUCAAAACCAUUUAACUCGAGGGUUUUCCGAAGAGGAUAUGGAAGGACAAAGCGUCAAUUACAACAGAGGAAUUUCUCGAGCCAAAGUCCGGUCUGUGGCUCUAACUUUAAGUGUGGUUGCCUGUUACUUUAUAUGUUGGUCACCGUUUUUUGUGUGUCAGAUGUGGGCAGCUUGGGAUGAAAAUGCUCCAUAUUCAGGUGCAAUCUAUACGAUAUUAUUGCUACUCUCGUCCCUCAACAGCUGUACUAAUCCCUGGAUUUACAUGAUCUUUAGUGUAUUCCAACACAGAGCAAAGACUAGUCGCUUUGUUAAUGACGAAGAAACGACCUCAGUGACUGUGCUGUCAUCUAGGAAUGAUAUCAGAUUGAUGUCAAUGAAGAAGAAAUUGGAACAAACAGCCAGAAACUGAAAAAAUUCAGAAAAUUGAAUACCACUACUAAAAUCCGGCUUCCAUUAUGUUGGUAAUUUGAGUGACAUGUUAAUAAACUGGAAGAACAACAGAAUAUUUAGAACAAUUUUAAGUGCAAACGUAAAUUCAAUUUCCUGUGUACGUAUAUGAUAUGGAUGUAUGCAUAUAAGUAUACUUGCAUGUGUACUGAUAUAUAUAUGUAAAUAAAUAUAUAGAAAUACACGCAUACACUCAAAAGCACGCAUACGCAUACACGCAGAUAUACCUGUAAACCUACAUAUACGUAUACAUGCUUACAGUCCACACUCACGCAUACUAAAAAAUACACCCUAAUACA